AUGGGCUCAAUGGAAUCUGGAAAGACGCAUGGAAAUCCAAUCGGAGAACCCUCGGUAAUCUCCAAGUCGGAGGGAUUCACGUCCAGACUUCAGAGUGCCGUCAUACCUCAGCAAGUGGAACUGGUUCUCCUUCAACUUACGUCAAGCACCGAAAUAGUUCUACGCACGACCACUGGCAAUCUCGAAGGUGAUAGUUUCGAUCAUCUUGAAUUCAAGGAGGCUCCUGUGCCCAAGUGUGGUGAAAAUGAGGUUUUGGUCAAGCUUCAUGCUGCGUCGUUGAAUUACCGCGACCUGGUCAUUCCCAAGGAAAUGCACCCCUUUCCUCUUGACCUCCCUGUCAUACCCGGUUCCGAUGGUGCCGGCGAAGUUGUCGAGGCCGGGUCCAAAGUGAAGCAUUUUAAGAAAGGAGACAAGGUUGUCACUUUGUUCAACCAGUUACAUCAGUACGGCGCCGUCGAUGACCUGAGUGCCAAGUCCGGACUUGGUGGUGUGAUGGAUGGCACUCUGCGUCAGUACGGUGUCUUCAAUGAGAAUGGCGUCGUCAAGGCUCCCAGGAACCUCAACUUCCUCGAGUCCAGCAGUCUCACGUGCGCCGCUCUCACCAGCUGGAAUGCUCUGUAUGGAUUGAAGCCUCUGAAGCCGGGAGAGAUUGUUCUGGUGCAAGGUACUGGUGGUGUUAGCAUGUUUGCCCUGCAGUUCGCCAAAGCUGCUGGAGCCACAGUCAUCGCCACGACUUCCUCUGAGGCCAAAGCAAAAAAGCUGAAGGAGCUUGGAGCCGACCACGUCAUCAACUACAAGACGAACUUCAACUGGGGAGACACAGCCCGUUCUCUCACCCCGGAAAACGCCGGUGUCGAUCACAUUGUGGAGGUUGGAGGCGCUGGAACCCUAACUCAAAGCUUGAAGUGCAUCAAGUACGAAGGUACCAUCAGCAUCAUUGGGUUCCUGGGAGGAGUUGACCCCAAGGGGCAGCCUCCCAUCCUCGAGGCUCUGAGCAAUAUCUGCACCAUCCGAGGUGUGUAUGUUGGCAGCAAGGCCUUGAUGACUGACAUGAUCAAGGCAAUCGAGGUGAACAAUAUCCACCCGGUGAUUGAUGAGAAGGUCUUUUCUCUUGAUCAGACCAGGGAGGCGUAUGAAUAUAUGGUAAGUCACCCGCGCGAGUUCCUGAUAGAGCACAAGGUACUAACAUGA